AUGGCUGAUGCCGCAGCACAAUCCGCCAACUCAAAUACUAUGCAGGACACUCUACCACUGGGCUCUGCUGCCUCGCAAGCUCGACGACGGCUCUCCCGAGCUGAAAGCCUCUCAAAGCAAUUAGGACAGGGCUUUGGGGGACUUGAUUGGGAAAACUUCCUUACUGAUGAGACUCUUAACUGGGACAACGAUACCCCUCUCGGGCCAUUUCAAUAUGAAGAUCCCCAACAUGCAAUUAUUGGUCACGGCCAGGACCCGUACUUUCUUGCAAUUCCUGAGAACACCGAUAUUAGGGGGUUUAUGAGAGAUGACUCGAGCUUUCUGCAGGCACACGAUCAUAGGGGAUCUAUUGGGAUGACCAAUCAGCCUUUCGUUGCUCUGCCUAACGCAGAUCUUGGAGCGUCUCUACUUGAGUAUCCAUUGGAUCUUCACCUUGUGGAUUCGAACUACCAAACCAAUGACUUCUAUAUGGGACACGAGAUUGUUCCGUAUGAAGCUGAUUCGCUUUUCAUUCCCAAGGAACAGCACACUAGGUCUCCCAUUAAGACUGUUGCCUCCGAGUAUCCAACUUCACGCCAGCGAGCUCGUUCUGGUUCGUAUGGUACUGCGGGAUCUGGGGUUUCUCGUAGGAAGGCUCGUACUAGCUCAUGUGAGUCUUCCCAAUGUUCGAUAUCCGUCCCAACACCAACUACUUCCCGUCGUACAUCAGUCUCCCUCACCAACCCCAGCGCCAAAUUGCGGGACUGGCAAGCGAUGAAGCACCGAGCAUCGGCAGCUGUUCGCUACAAGAUUGGUGAUCAGCCCAAGACGGACGAUGCACGACCAUGGAUCCGAGUCAAUGCCACCACUAAAGGGGACACAACCCGUACGAGCAAAAUCAACAACUACACCGCCAACUAUGAGGAGCGCCCGCAUCCGCUCGGCACCGGGUGGGAUGGCCCCAAACAUCGUUUCGACUACACCCCAGCCGGUGAGUUCAAAGAAAAGACGAUGUCUGCUCCCCAGAUUAAGGAGUUUAUUCUCCACUACCCUCGCGAUCAGAGGACCGCUAAGCUAAAGCUCUGGCUGCAGAAAGGCCCUACUGACUCUGCACGCCGGUAUAAGACUAACACAUGGUCUAAGUGUCGCUUCCGAAACUGCCCAGCUCAAGUUUAUCAGACAGGAACAAUACUUCACGGCCACUAUCGCAUCGCGUUCGACGAGAAGUGGCACCGUGACCGAGAAAACGCGGAUCCAUUCCUAACGACUGGAUAUGUUCAUCUAUACUGCAUGGAGCGCUUCCUGGAUUUCCCCGAAAUCUGUACGAAGGCUGAUGUGGAGGUUGACACUCGUUCCUUGACCAACGAACCCAAAGCGCAUUUUGCUGCUACACUUGCAGGUGCUCCUGAAUCAGGCAUUGGAAUUGCAUUCAUUGAGAAUUGCCGUCGCAAGAAGCUCCAGCAGAUAGAUGAAUUCAAAGACUAUCCAUGCCACGCUGACUACAAACAUGGUGAGCCGAAGCCUCACGAGAAGACCUUGACGUACUGGAUGACCAAGAUCAAGGCAGAAAGCCGGCCUCCCGCCCAAAUUCGUCAGUUCCAGGCUCGUGGACUGAAGAACACUCAUCUUGUCGUCAACCUGGGUGAUCUAGAAGUUCUCUUCGGAGAUGUCAUCAAGAAUAGGCAAGCGAAGAAGGCCAAUCGUAAGAAGACGAGGCACAGCGAUGACGAAGAGCAACAGCUACAUCCGAAGAAGACUAGGACCACCAGUAUUGCAGCCCACUCGCCGCCUCAGUAUCAGUUUACUCCGCGAUCAGCUCAGAGGAAGAGCAAGUGCGCUCCAAUGCAACAGAACUUUGAUGGGGGCGAAGACACUGAGCCUUAUGAUCCUUUGAACUGGGCUCAAGAGGACAGCGACGACGAUUUCAACGCUCCCGUUUCGUUUGCCUCACCUCCCCAGCGUAGUGGAUUACGAUUUGGACCCAACCCUCGACUCCGAGGGUUGCCGCCUAUCAACUACAGUGUAGGUAAUCCAGCCAACCCAAGACCUCCUCCGCAGGCCUCGUCACAACAGCAGCUGGUUGUCGAUACGCAGUUAGAAAAUGUGACUGGUCUACCUAACGACCACGAGCUAUCCUCCGUCGUAACAUAUCUGAACUCCUCCAUAGCAACUCGAAACGACCCUAAAGGCCUCUGGGAGAACUACAAUUACAACGAUCAUGAAGCCACAGCGACCAAGGAGCUGAACCUCGAUUUCUUGAAUCGGCGGCAAUCCAGCAGGUCCGCCCGAUACGCCCGAAGCACCGCAUCGUCAGUCCGUCCCCCCGGACGAUGA